AUGGCGUUAUUACAAGUAGACCCACGACAGCUUCUCUAUUCUCAAUGCUGUGUCAAGCCUUUCUUUAAAGAUGGCAAAACUGUUGAGAACACUAUCACUGGACUUGUGAACGGAACAUUAUCACCGGAAAAUAUUCCAAUUAUGAGAGUUUGUAUUUUACCAGACGGCACGAUGCACUCAUUAGACAAUCGACGGCUUUAUGCGUUUAAAGAAGCAAUUAACCGUGGAAGCACCUUCAGAACUGUGACUGUAGAGAGAAGUUCUAAUUUAAAUUCUCUUAAAUGGAAAAUGAAUAAUUCUUCUUCCGAGAAUUGGUCACAAGUUGUAGUAAAGUUUGAUUGUAGACCUUAUCGUAAUUAA